UUCUCUAUCUCUAUCUCUUCCUUCUAUAAUAAUCCCCUUGGACCUUUCCUCUCCCAUCUGUUUCUCUUCAUCUUUAACUUAGGAAUAAACCUUAAAAGGGUGCAGGUUAAUAAACUUCGCAAAUUUUAUCAUUACACACUGUGUGUGUAUAUGAAAGGGUUUGUUUGGUUUCUAACCAAGUUACUAUUGUUUCUUGUUUAGUACUAUUUGAUGAUGGAUGAAUUGAGCAAACUUCAUUCUGCUAUUGCAUGUUCGAGUAACAAUAAUCAUGUUGUUGGAGUCCUUGAGCACAUAACUGGUCAACAACAAGAGGGGCCAAUUAAUAACAGUAGUGUUGAUAAUAAUCUUGAAAAAGCCAGCUUGGAGAUGUCAGAUCUUAUUAAAGCUCAGAUUGCUAAUCAUCCUCUUUAUCCUAACUUAUUAUCUGCCUACCUUCAAUGCCGAAAGGUUGGAGCACCCCAGGAAAUGGUAUCAAUUCUUGAAAAAAUCAGCAAAGAGAACCACUUAAUAUCCAGCUGCCACAAUACUGAAAUUGGAACUGAUCCAGAACUUGAUGAUUUUAUGGAAUCAUAUUGUGCAGUAUUACUAAAAUACAAGGAGGAGUUGUCAAAGCCGUUUGAUGAAGCCACGACGUUCUUGAAUAACAUUGAGUCGCAGCUGAGUUCUCUCUGCAAAGAAAACUUAACAACAACAACAACAACCACCACCUCUUUCAACUCUAACAACAAUUAUCUAUCUGAUGAAGCAGGUGGUACUUCAGACGAGGAUCUAGGCUGCGGGGAAAUGGAAGCAGCGGAUAGUACUCAAGAAUCUCCUGCUAACCGUGAAGGUGAUAAUGAGCUAAAAGAAACGCUGAUGCGCAAAUAUAGUGGCUACCUUAGCAGCUUGAGAAAGGAAUUUUUGAAGAAGAGGAAAAAAGGCAAGUUACCCAAGGAUGCAAGAACUGCAUUGCUGGACUGGUGGAAUACCCAUUACAGGUGGCCUUACCCCACGGAAGAAGAGAAAAAUAGGCUGUCGGAGAUCACUGGGCUAGACCCGAAGCAGAUAAACAACUGGUUCAUAAACCAAAGGAAGCGACACUGGCGACCAUCAGAAGACAUGAAAUAUGCACUCAUGGAAGGUGUCAGCAGCGGUAGCAUUGCCGGAUCCAUGUAUUUUGAUGGAGCUGGAGGCACUGAAAGUAUUGGCACUUGAAAAAAGAGUGAAAGAAAACUUGCUGCAACUUUUCAAAGUAUAACUAGCUAACUAACAAGUAGUGCAUAGCAUGACAGAAACCUUUAUAUUUUGAAGUUUAUAUAUUGACUUAUAUUCAGAACAAUGUGUUAUAUAUAUUCUCUUCCCAAGUUUCAAUUUAUAAGGAAUUCAAGACAAGUUACCAGC